AUGGAUUAUAUCAAGAAGGCAAUUUGGGGGCCUGAUCCUAAGGAACAACAGAGGCGGAUCAAGUCGGUACUAAGGAAAAAUGGCCGAAGUAUAGAAAAGUCGUUGCGAGAGCUAGCAGUCUUGCAGAAUAAGACCCAGCAGCUUAUCAAGAAAUCCGCAAAGAAGAAUGACAUCAGGACAGUUCGAUUGUAUGCCAAAGAACUAUACCAAAUCAAUAAACAGUAUGAUAGAAUGUACACCUCCAAAGCACAGUUAGACUCUGUUCGAAUGAAGAUAGAUGAAGCGAUCAGGAUGAAUGUGUUAUCUAAUCAAAUGGCGGAUAGCGCAGGCUUGAUGAGGGAAGUCAAUUCCCUAGUGAGGCUUCCUCAGUUGAGGAAUACAAUGAUCGAACUAGAAAAGGAAUUGAUGAAAUCAGGUAUUAUAAGUGAAAUGGUUGAUGACACCAUGGAGAGUGUUGGUGACACAGAGGACGAAAUGGACGAGGCCGUUGAUGAAGAAGUUAAUAAGAUUGUUGAACAAUAUACAAACGAGAAAUUCAAGAAUGUCGAUCAUGUUCCAACGGCAGACUUACCAACGAAUGACGAAGAAAAAGAGAUACCGGACGAAAGAGUCGAUGAAGAAGCAGAUAGAAUGGUAAAUGAAAUGCGUGAAAGGCUCAAGGCGUUACAAAACUAA